AUGUAUCAACAUCCAUAUAUGCCAUCUCCGAUCUAUGGAAUGAGUCCUCCUAGAGCACUUGGGAUGACUUCCAAAUCGUCCAGAAAAACUAGUAUUGGUGGAACUAACACAGACAAAGAGUGUGAAACACCAUCUUCUGGUCAAGAUUCUCCAUUUCAUCCAUAUCUGUCUCCACCGGGUAUUGAUGCAAUUAAUCUAGACGCGAGUGAAGAUACUGAUGAUGGAGAAAAUGUGUCGGGCCCAAAGAGUCGUACUUAUGCUGCAAGGUACACAGGUCAAGAAAAUGAGAUCCUUGCACAAAGUUGGGUGAAUGUCAGCAAAGAUGCAGAAAUCGAUAAUGCUCAGAGAUUGGAUGGCAUGUGGAAGAGGAUUGUCGAUGAUUAUAAUAAAAAUCUACCUAUAAACUGCCCAGUGAGAGGUUGGGACCUUUUAAAAACGCUUUUUUACACGCUGCGAAGGUUUGUGAGUGCCUUUAACGGAUUGUACAAUCAGAUGAAGAAGGAUUGGGGAAGUGUGCAAAGUGAUGUUGAUAUACUCAUGCAUGCAAUGAAAGGGUGGGCACAAAUGUACAACAACAAUGCGUUUACUCACUUGGGCAUGUGGAAUAUACUUAAGGAAAAUCCUAAGUGGAUAAACCAACAGGAACGUGAUCAUUGCAGCAGGAAGAAGACAAAAAAAUUGCUCAAGGAGGAUACAUGUCUUCUUCUAAUCCGGAAGAUGCCGAUGAAGAACACGUACGUCUGA